AUUUCGAAAAUGGAACAAUAUAAUGAAGACGAACUUGUUCCUCCAAGUUGGUUAGACAGAGAUUUCAUUGAAAUGGUUUUAAGAAAAUAUAAAAGUAAUAAUACAAUCGUGAUAGAGAAUUUGAAAAUCUCUCCAGGAACUGAAAAAGGUGAUCAUUUUGCCAGUAUUAUGUUUCGUGUUGUUGCAACUUAUAAGUCACCAUCCAUCACUUCUGAAUCGAUAUCAAUGAUUCUUAAAACAAUUCCCGAAGAAGAAGGUUUCAAAAAAGAGGUUUUAGAUCAAAUGUUAUAUUUCGAAACUGAAAUAGGUAUGUACGCGGAAGAAAUUCCGAAACUCGAAAAUGUUCUUCGAAAUAAUGGAGAUAAUGUACAGUUUGGCUCAAAAAUUCUCUAUCACUCUCUGGAACCUCAUAAAGUUAUUGUUUUCGAAGAUCUCGUUGCCUUGGGCUACACUUGCAUUCGAGAUCGAUAUCUCAAUGCUGAUGAAGUUAAACUUUGUCUUUCGAAAAUUGCUAAAUGGCAUGCAGCCAGUUAUAAACUAUUAACAACAGAAGGUGACAUUUCAGCUAAGAAAUAUAAAGAAGGUCUUCUUAGUCGUCCGAAAAACGAACAACCAGAAUUCAUUACCGAAGGGUUUAAAUUACUUAUAGAAGCAAUUUCGAAAAUUGAAGAGUUCGAAAAAUAUAAUGAAAGACUUCGAAAUAUCGAACCUUCAUUAAUUUCUAAAUGUAAUGAUAUUUUUAAUGGCAAUAUGAGUGAUGGAAAUUGUUUGAUAAUGGUGUUGAAUCAUGGUGAUUUACAUAAUCGAAAUGUCAUGUUUAAGUUUGAUGAGAAUAACAAAGUUGAAGAUGUUAUGUUGGUUGACAUGCAAAUAUCUUGUUAUGGGCCAGCUGUGAUUGACAUAUUUUGCAGCAUACAAAUGCUAUUCGAUGCGGAUUUGCGACAAAAUCAUCGUGACCAAAUGAUUCGAUAUUAUUUUUCGAUAUUCAUUGACACUUUGAGAAAUGUCAAAUAUACAGGAAAGUUGCCAACGUUGGAGGAUUUAUAUUCGGAUAUGAUUAAAUGCAAGGAAUUUGAACUUUGGUUGGCUGUCACUCUUGUUCCACUGAUCUGUGCCAUUAUGUCAAAAGGUGGAAAUGUGCAAACAGAAGACUUAAUAUCUUCGAAGGAAGCUCAAAUCCAGAUGUAUUUGAAUCCAGAUUUUAUUGCAGAGCUGAGAGGAAUGUUGCCAACAUAUUUUUGUGAAGGAUAA